UCGCACCUGCUAGCGGUAGGAGGCACAGGCCGAACCAUGUCGGAGAUCCUGUGCCAGUGGCUCAACCAGGAGUUGAAGGUGUCCCAGACCGUGAGUCCCAAGUCAUUUGCAAAGGCAUUUUCCAGUGGCUAUCUAAUUGGAGAAGUUCUGCACAAGUUUGAACUUCAGGAUGAUUUUUCAGAAUUUUCAGACAGCAGGGUUUCAAGUGCCAAACUUAAUAAUUUUUCUCGCUUGGAGCCAACACUUCGCCUUCUGGGUGUACAGUUUGAUCAGAACGUGGCCCACAACAUCAUCACUGAAAAGCCUGGGGCAGCGACAAAACUUUUGUAUCAAUUAUACACUGUUCUUCAGAAAAAGAAGAAAAGUGGACUGACUGGAGUGGAAAUGCAAACCAUGCAACCCCUGACAAAUAUAAGACUUCAAAACAUGAAAAGUGAGGCUUUUCGAGAUAGACUUAGAAACCUGAUACCACGUCAAACUGAUUUCAAUCUGAUGCGGGUUACACACAGGUUUCAAGAAAAAUAUAAACACAUGGAAGAAGAUCUUGUCCACAUGCAUUUUGAGAAACUUGAAAAUUUCCAAAAAGUCAAGGAAGAACAAAGAUGUUUUAAUAUCGAAAAGCAACGCUGGAACAGAAGUCGACAAAAUGAAAUAAUGGCCAAAAUCCAAGCAGCUAUCAUACAGAUUCCUAAGCCUGCAUCAAAUCGAACUCUGAAAGCACUUGACGCCCAAAAAAUGAUGAAAAAGAAAAAAGAGGCAGAGGAUGUGGCCAAUGAAAUUAAGAAGUUUGAAGCAUUAAUAAAAAAGGAUCUCCAGGCAAAAGAAAGUGCAUCCAAGACUUCUUUAGAUACAGCAGGCCAGACAACUACCGAUUUGUUAAACACUUAUUCGGAUGAUGACUACAUUAAAAAAAUCCAAAAGCGCCUCGAAGAAGAUGCUUUUGCACGAGAGCAAAGGGAGAAAAGACGGCGGAGACUGUUAAUGGACCAGUUAAAAGCCCAUGAAGCACAAGAGGAGGCUUAUCGGGAGGAGCAGCUGAUUAACCGGCUGAUGCGGCAGUCCCAGCAGGAGCGCAGGAUCGCCGUGCAGCUCAUGCAUGUUCGGCAUGAAAAGGAAGUCUUAUGGCAAAACAGAAUCUUCAGAGAAAAACAAUAUGAGGAAAGACGACUUAAAGACUUCCAGGAUGCUCUUGAUCGAGAAGCGGCUUUGGCAAAACAAGCCAAGAUUGAUUUUGAAGAACAAGCCCUCAGAGAGAAGGAGCUUCAUGAACAGAUUGCUGUGGAAAGAGCUCAAGCUCGUUACAAAAAGCAUUAUGCCAUAUGUGCCGAAAUUUUGGAUCAAAUACUUGAUUUGUCCACUAAAGUGGCAGACUACCGAAUGCUGACAAAUAAUCUGAUUCCAUAUAAAUUGAUGCAUGAUUGGAAGGAACUGUUUUUUAAUGGAAAGCCCAUAUACGAGCAAGCCUCUAUUAAGCAUCUAUCAGCUAAGCCCUCCACAGAACAACUUAUAGAACUGGAGAAAAGGGACUUGCUAGAUAGCAGUGAUUAUGAAGAAUAUAAGAACAUGGUUGGAGAGUGGGCCUUACCAGAAGAAAUGGUUGAUAAUUUACUACCCUCCAACAAUUGCUUAUUGGGCCAUGUGAUUCAUAGACUGGUUGAAAAAUUUCUUCCUCCUCAAGUUCAAUCAACAGUACCUGAAUUACCUUCAUUUGCUAUUAAAGGAUGCUUAUUGGGGAAAACAUUUAGUGGAAAAACUACUGCUCUAAAGUCUCUACAAAAAGACUUUCCUAUUCAGAUACUUUCUAUUGACACUCUUGUCCAAGAAGCUAUCCAAGCAUUUCAUGACAAUGAAAAAAUCAGGGAGGCCCUGCCAACUCAGAAAGGAGCUCAGGAAAAGGCUCUACCGGUUCUGCAAGGGAAUGCUGAGGAAAGUCAGGUUCUGCAGAAUGUAUUUCCUGCUUAUCCAGUUUCAGAUGAAGCAUUAACAGAAACAGAAGAUAAAACUAUACUUAAUACUGAUACUAAUAAAACACCAAAAUCUGAAGAAGUCAAAUCAAGUGAUAGUUUCUCUGAAUUCACUGUGCGUGCUCAGCUUGGUGCAAAAUCAGAACAGUUGCUGAAGAAAGGAAAGAGCAUUUCUGACAUGUUGCUAGUUAGCAUCAUGGUAAAUGCUAUUAAUGAGAUACCUGUGGGUCAAGGCUGGGUCCUUGAUGGUUUUCCAAUGACAUUAAACCAAGCGAAGCUUCUGGAGGAAGCUCUCACGGGCUACAACAGAAACCUCAUAGAACCGGAGGGAAAGAAAGCACAAAUAUCGACAUUGGCUAUUGAUCCUACUACUUCCAAAGAAGUGUCUCUUCCCCCUUCUGCAUUUGAUUUUGUCAUGUUAUUAGAUAUUUCAGAUAAUUCCUCACUGAAUCGCAUGAAUGACGUCAUGGCUGAAGCAUUUUCAAGUAAGACUCCUCAUGAAGAUAUCAAUCAACGUGUAGCUGCUAAAAACCAAGAUACGGAUGAGGACCAGAAUUUAAGAGACCAAAUACAGCAUAGAAUUGUAGGCUUCUUGGACAACUGGCCUUUCUUGGAGCAAUGGUAUACAGAACCAGAAAAUAUUUUGAUAAAAAUCAAUGCUGAAGUAGAUAAAGAGUCUUUAUGCCAAAAAGUAAAAGAAAUGUUUAUGACUGAAAUAGUGAAAAAAGAGAAUAAAGUUAAAAAGAAGUUAGAAGAAAAAGAAGCUGAGAAAAAAGAUGAAGUUUCCCUGGCUGAGCCUUCACCUCCUACUCCUCCCCCUCCUCCUCCUGAACCAGAAAAAGAGAAGGAAAUCCACCCUCAACAUGAGCGUUCAAAAACUCCUGCAAAAGGAAAACCACCAUCAGAACCCCCGCAUGGUAAGCGAGACUCUCUUCAGGAAAGAAAAGGGAAGAAAGAUGAAACGUCACUCAAAAGAAAAGGGUCUCCUAAAGGAAAAUCUCCAGGAGGGAAAGUACCAGUAAAGAAAUCACCUGCUGAGUCUACAGACAUGUCACCUACUCCAGUAGCGCCACCACCUCCUAAGCCCGGGUCGGAAGAAUGGGUGUAUGUGGAUGAACCAAUUCCUGAGGAGUUACCUUCAUUUUUAGUACCUUACUGGGAAUUAAUAGAAAAUUCCUAUAUAAACUCCAUCAAAACAGUGCUCAGGCAUCUAAGAGAAGACCAGCAUACUAUGCUUGCUUACUUAUAUGAGAUUAGAACAAGUUUCCAGCAGUUUCUAAGGCGUCCAGAUCACAAGCAAGAUUUUGUAUCUCAGUGGCAGGCUGAUUUCAACUCUCUUCCUGAUGACCUUUGGGAUGAUGAGGAAACAAAGGCUGAACUACACCAAAGAUUGAAUGAUUUACGAGACCGCCUGUGGGACAUUUGUGAUGCCCAGAAGGAAGAGGCAGAGCAGGAGCGUCUGGAUAUCAUAAAUGAGAGCUGGUUGCAGGACUCCAUUGGAAUAACGAUGAACCAUUUCUUCUCACUAAUGCAGGCAGAAUUGAGUCGUUUCCAAGAUACAAAGAGACUACUUCAAGAUUAUUACAGGGGAAUGGAAAGCAAAAUCCCGACAGACGACAAUAAGAGAUUUACCCGAGUCCCAUUGGUCCAAGUGGAUAAUAAAGACAUAUUGGAAAGCCAGCUCAGAAUUCCUCUAGUUCCUCGAAUAUCCAUUUCUCCGGACUCAACUAUGUCCAAAUCAAAAUCAAAAGUUAUAUUGAAGGGCAAGAUCGAUUACAUGCUAGCAAAUGUAGAGUUAAACUUGGAGGCAGAUGAGAAGUUGGUAAUGGACACCUGGCAGCAGGCUUCUUUAGCAAUAUCUCACGCGGUGGCUGCCGAAAUUCAUCAGAGGCUCGUGGAAGAAGAAAAAGAAAACCAGCCAGCAGACACAAAAGAAAAAUCUCCUCAGACGACUGCAAAUAAAAAAGUAAAAAAUGAGCCACCCAAGAAAACAAAGGAGGACAAAAAAGCAAAAGGAAAAUCACCACCUAUAGCAGAAGCAUCUCCUGUAAUAGUAACAGCAGAGGAGAUGGCCGAAAUGGAAAAGAGAAACAAACUGAGGCUCAAAAUAAAGGAAGAACAUCUUGCUGCCCUGCAAUUGGAAGAGGUGGCCACACAGUUCCGACUUGAACUGAUAAAGACAAAAGCGUUGGCUUUCCUUGAAGAUUUAGUAAUAAAGGCCGUUGAUGUAUAUAAACUCAUGGAAAAGUGGCUUGGGGAGAGGUAUUUGAGAGAGAUGGCCAGUGUGGAAAAAUUAACCGAGGUAGCUCGCUAUCACAUUGAAACAUCUACAAAAAUUCAGAAUGAGCUUUAUUUAAACCAAGAAGACUUCUUCAUUAAUGGCGAUGUAAAAGUCUUUCCAGAUCCCCCUCCUCUUAUGCGUCCUCCACCUGUAGAAAAGGAAGAAAAUGGCACCCUGACCAUCGAACAGCUUGACAAUCUUCGAGAUCAGUUCUUAGAUAUAGCACCUAAAGGCAUAAUAGGAAAUAAAGCAUUUACUGACAUGCUGCUUGAUUUGAUAACCCUGAACCUCGGGACAAACAACUUGCCUAGUAGGUGGAUGCAACUCACUCAAUUUGAUUUGCAGGAGUUAACAUCUUUAUUAGCAGUAAACUCGGAGUUGGUGGACUGGCGGAAAUUCUUGUUGGUAACCUCACUGCCUUGGCCCAUCCCCCUGGAUGAGGAGCUCCUGGAGACCCUGCAGAGGUUCAAGGCUGUGGAUGAGAAGCAGUUGGGCACCGUCACUUUCGAGCAGUAUAUGCAGGCUGGUCUGUGGUUUAUGGGAGAUGAAGAUGUAAAAAUUCCAGAAAAUCCUCUUGAACCCCUGCCAUUCAAUAGGCAGGAGCAUCUUAUAGAGUUUUUCUUUAGGCUAUUUGCUGACUAUGAGAAGAAGCCACCCCAACUUGACUACACACAGAUGCUACUUUAUUUUGCUUGCCAUCCAGACCCUGUGGAAGGGGUCUACAGGGCUCUCAGUGUGGCCAAUGGGACUCGUGUCUUCCAACCAAUUGAAACUCCUAAUCUUAUUGAGGAAAAGACCUCCUCUACUGUUAUGAGUCCAAUUGAGGAAUCUCCCGAACCUGAGGAAAAUGUUAUAAGUGAGGAAAGAGAGGAAAAGGAGGAAAAGGAAGAAGAAAUCCUUGAGAAUGCAAACACUGAAAAGAUUUCCAUGGAAACACUACUCAAAGUGUUCCGAGGAGGGAGCGAAGCACAGGACGCUAACAGAUUUGCCGGCCACCUAAAGAUAGAAAACAUUUAUUCAGAGAACUUCAUAAAAGUAUUUCAGGACCUAGGUGCCAAGAAUCUGGAGCCAAUUGAAGUUGCUGUUCUUUUGAAGCAUCCUUUUAUUCAAGACCUGAUUUCAAGUUAUUCAGACUAUAAAAUUCCUGAUAUUAAUUUUUUAAGGAGUGAGAGUGUACAAGGAAGUGAUGGAGAGCGAUCUCUUUCAAGACUUACAGAGGAAAAGAAAUGAAGACAAAAGAGUGUGAUUUUUAUAACUUGACAAUGAGUCUUCCAAAUGUCAAAUGUAAACAUGGUGUUUGUCAUAUAUGUUAUCAUUGUAAUUGUAGAAAUGACCCCUACCAGGUUAUGAGGGGCACUGAAAAUUUUGGGAGCCUUCCUUACCUCAGAGAAUAUUCUGUAAUAAACUUUAAA